GCAGCCACACACACCCCGAGGCCGUCCGAGAUGAGCUACGCGCUGGACCCGCUGGGCAACCCGUCCGCCUACCGGCGGGUGACGGAGACCCGCUCGAGCUUCAGCCGGGUGAGCGGGUCCCCGUCCAGCGGCUUCCGCUCGCAGUCGUGGUCCCGCGGCUCGCCCAGCACCGCGUCCUCCUCCUACAAGCGCAGCGCGCUCGCCCCGCGCCUGGCCUACGGCUCGGCGGUGCUGAGCUCGGCCGAGAGCAGCCUCGACUUCAGCCAGUCCUCGUCCCUGCUCAACGGCGGCGGCGCGGGGGGCGCGGGCGGCGACUACCGGCUGGCGCGCGCCAACGAGAAGGAGCAGCUGCAGGGGCUGAACGACCGCUUCGCCGGCUACAUCGAGAAAGUUCACUUCCUGGAGCAGCAGAACAAGGAGAUCGAGGCGGAGAUCCAGGCGCUGCGGCAGAAGCAGGCGUCGCACGCGCAGCUGGGCGACGCGUACGAGCAGGAGCUGCGCGAGCUGCGCGCCACGCUGGAGAUGGUGAACCACGAGAAGGCGCAGGUGCAGCUGGACUCGGAGCACCUGGAGGAGGACAUCCACCGGCUCAAGGAGCGCUUCGAGGACGAGGCGCGGCUGCGCGACGACACCGAGGCGGCCAUCCGCGCGCUGCGCAAGGACGUGGAGGAGGCGUCGCUGGUCCGGGUGGAGCUGGACAAGAAGGUGCAGUCGCUGCAGGACGAGGUGGCCUUCCUGCGCAGCAACCAUGAGGAGGAGGUGGCCGACCUGCUGGCCCAGAUCCAGGCGUCGCACGUCACCGUGGAGCGCAAAGACUACCUGAAGACCGACAUCUCCACGGCGCUGAAGGAGAUCCGCUCGCAGCUCGAGUGCCACUCCGACCACAACAUGCACCAGGCCGAGGAGUGGUUCAAGUGCCGCUACGCCAAGCUCACCGAGGCGGCCGAGCAGAACAAGGAGGCCAUCCGCUCCGCCAAGGAGGAGAUCGCCGAGUACCGGCGCCAGCUGCAGUCCAAGAGCAUCGAGCUCGAGUCCGUGCGCGGCACCAAGGAGUCCCUGGAGCGGCAGCUCAGCGACAUCGAGGAGCGCCACAACCACGACCUCAGCAGCUACCAGGACACCAUCCAGCAGUUGGAAAAUGAGCUCCGGGGGACGAAGUGGGAGAUGGCUCGUCAUUUGCGCGAGUACCAGGACCUCCUCAACGUCAAGAUGGCUCUGGAUAUCGAGAUCGCCGCCUACAGAAAACUGCUGGAAGGAGAAGAGACCAGAUUUAGCACAUUCUCAGGGAGCAUCACCGGGCCACUCUACACCCACCGCCAGCCCUCGGUCACAAUAUCCAGUAAGAUUCAGAAAACCAAGGUGGAGGCCCCCAAGCUAAAGGUGCAGCACAAAUUUGUCGAGGAGAUCAUCGAGGAAACCAAAGUGGAGGAUGAGAAAUCAGAAAUGGAAGAGGCCCUGACGGCCAUUGCAGAAGAGCUGGCCAUUUCCACCAAAGAAGAGGAGAAGGAAGAAGAGGCUGAAGAACAGGAAGAGGACCAAGGAGCCCAAGAAGAACAGGAAGAAGAAGUGGUAGCUGCCAAAAAGUCCCCUGUGAAAGCUACUGCCCCUGAGAUGAAAGAGGAAGAAGAGGAAAAGGAGGAGGAAGGCCAAGAGGAGGAGGAAGAGGAAGAAGAUGAGGGUGCUAAGUCAGACCAAGCAGAAGAGGGAGGAUCUGAGAAGGAAGGCUCCAGUGAGAAAGAUGAGGGUGAGCAGGAAGAAGAGGGAGAAACCGAGGCAGAAGGUGAAGGAGAGGAAGUGGAAGCUAAGGAUGAGAAGAAAACUGAGGAAAAGAAAGAAGGUGUGGCUGCCAAGGAAGAGCUGGUAGUGGAAGCCAAGGCCGAAAAGCCAGAGAAAGCCAAGAGCCCUGUGCCAAAGUCCCCUGUGGAAGAAGUGAAGCCCAAAGCAGAAGCCAGACCUGCCAAGGGCGAGCAGAAAGAGGAAGAACAGAAAGCUGAGGAAGGAAAGAAAGAAGUGGCCCAGGAGUCGCCCAAGGAAGAAAAGGUAGAGGCGAAGGAGGAGAAGCCGAAAGACGUGCCAGACAAGAAGAAAGCGGAGUCCCCCGUGAAGGAGAAGGCAGUGCAGGAGGUAAUCACCAUCACCAAAUCAGUGAAGGUGAGCGUGGAGAAAGACACCCGGGAAGAGGAGAAGCCACCACAGGAGAAGGAGAAGGAGAAGGAGAAGGAGAAGGCAGAGGAGGAGGGAGGGGGUGAGGAGGAAGGAAGCGAUCAAGGUGCCAAGGAAUCCAGGAAGGAAGACAUAGCAGUCAAUGGGGAGGUAGAGGGCAAGGAGGAGGAGGAGGAGGAGGAGGAGGAAGAGCAGGAGACGAAGGAAAAGGGUAGUGGGAGAGAAGAGGAGAAAGGCGUGGUCACCAAUGGGUUAGACUUGAGCCCAGCAGAGGAAAAGAAGGGGGGCGACCGAAGUGAGGACAAAACGGUGGUGACCAAAAAGGUAGAAAAGAUCACCACGGAGGGGGGCGAUGGUGCUACCAAAUACAUCACUAAAUCUGUCACCGUCACUCAAAAGGUAGAGGAGCACGAGGAGACCUUUGAGGAGAAGCUAGUGUCCACUAAGAAGGUAGAGAAAGUGACUUCUCACGCCAUCGUGAAGGAAGUCACUCAGAGUGACUAA